CAGUAUCAAAAAAGCAGCAGAUCCCAACUCUUUAACCAACAACCACCGCAAAGGUGACAGGUGUUACGUAGGCAGCGUCUACACUCCUCCUCUUCCCCUUUGCUUCCUUUCUACUACACCACUUUCAUAUAUUCUCAUCUCCUCCGUCAAUCAUAUACAUCACCGCCGUUAACCUCCCGCUUCACCUCUCCGUCAUCGUCAGCUAAUACAAACCUGCCAUUUUCUCAUUACUUUUUACGAUUGAUUGAGUAAAUGAACAGUGAUUCAUUCAUUAAUAUAUCCACCGGCGCAUUAUAGCAACUUCUCCGUCCAUUUCUCACCGUUUCUUAACCAUUCAUCCGCCGUCCCUGCUGCCUCCGUUUUCGUCUUUAAUCCGCGCGGUAGCUAAAAUCUGUCGAUGUUGAGAUUUGGAGAAGGAGUUUAUAAUAAGUUUGCUAUGAGAGGCGCUUCCUCCAGGCAUAAACGUGUUUCUUCUUUGGAAUACGAUAGAGAAGAAAGUUCAGUUAAUUUGCUAAAUGGAACUGGCAAAGAGAUUGGAAACCCUUCUUGGAAGCAUUCUUUAUUGCAUGUACUUGUGGCAACAAUUUCUUCAUUCUUGUUUGGUUACCAUCUUGGUGUAGUUAAUGAAACAUUAGAAAGCAUCUCCGAAGACCUUGGCUUUAAUGGGAGUACCAUGGCUGAAGGCCUAGUGGUCAGUACGUGCCUCGGGGGUGCUUUUGUUGGAUCUGUACUUAGUGGCUGGAUUGCAGAUGGGGUUGGGCGGCGUAGAGCGUUUCAGCUGUGUGCAUUACCAAUGAUAAUUGGGGCUUCAAUGAGUGCAUCAACGAAAGACCUUUGGGGUAUGCUUCUAGGGAGGCUGUUUGUUGGAAUUGGGAUGGGUAUUGGUCCACCUGUUGCAGCUCUUUACGUGGCAGAGGUUUCACCAGCUCAUGUAAGGGGAACAUAUGGUAGCUUUACACAAAUUGCAACAUGCCUUGGACUUAUGGGGUCUUUUUUUAUUGGGAUUCCAGCUAAGGAAACUGCAGGCUGGUGGCGUAUUUGUUUUUGGGUAUCUGUAAUUCCUGCUGCAGCCCUUGCUCUGCUUGUGGAAUUCUGUGCUGAGAGUCCUCAUUGGCUUUUUAAGAGGGGAAGAGGCGCAGAAGCUGAGGCAGAGUUUGAAAAGCUUUUGGGAGGAUCACAUGUUAAAUCUGCUAUGGCUGAAUUAUCAAAGUUAGAUCGAGGUGAUGAAGCAGAUAAAGUAAAAUUUUCAGAAUUGAUCUAUGGUCGCCAUUCUAAAGUGGUAUACAUUGGGUCUGAGCUUUAUAUCUUACAACAGCUCUCUGGCAUAAAUGCUGUAUUCUAUUUCUCAUCAACAGUCUUUAAAAGUGCCGGUGUUCCUUCAGACAUUGCAAAUACAUGUGUUGGAAUUUGUAACUUAUUGGGUUCAGUAAUUGCAAUGCUUUUGAUGGAUAAACUGGGGAGAAAGGUGCUUCUUAUUGGGAGUUUUUCUGGAAUGGCUGCGUCAAUGGGUCUUCAAGCUUUUGCAGCCACUUCAUUUGUGUCUAGCAGUGCUGCAGUAUAUUUAUCUGUUGGAGGCAUGCUGAUGUUUGUUUUCACAUUUGCUCUUGGUGCUGGUCCAGUGCCUGGUCUACUUCUGUCAGAAAUAUUUCCAAAUCGAAUUAGGGCAAAGGCAAUGGCUUUUUGCAUGGCAGUGCAUUGGGUUAUAAAUUUCUUUGUGGGUCUCUUAUUUCUACAACUACUGGAGCAAAUUGGUCCGCUAGUCUUAUAUGCAACAUUUGCUACCUUUUGUUUGUGGGGGGUUAUUUUCGUGAAGAAGAAAGUGCUAGAAACAAAAGGAAAAUCACUCCAAGAGAUUGAGAUUGCAUUUCUUCCAUCAUAGUGAAGUCCAGGGCGGUACUUCCCACAGAGUAAAAUCAAAAAGAAGGUUUAGGUUAGUUAUACAGCCAAUGCAAGGUAAAUAGUUUCUAAAUCGACAUGAAAAGGCGGUGAUAAAGGAUUGAUAAACACACAUUUUUGCUGCUGUUGAUUAUCCCGAUAUUGCUUCCUUGAAGUGCAAGACAUGAAGAAUCAAAAGCUGGAAAAGUGAAGAAAAUACAUUCAUCUGAUGCCAGCGGGAGAGCAAAUCAUUUUGUCUUCCUUAGCAAAUUUUUUGAAGCAUUGUCCCAUAUGAUAGGUUUCUGUAGCAUUCAAAAGAAAUUUAUACACAAAUUAUGUAUUGGAAAAUUGCAGUGAAUGAUAGUAGUUCUUUAUUUAACA